AUGGUCACCGUACAAAAGAAGCUCGCAAUGGAAUUUUUCAUCGUGUUAGCCGCCGUCGCAUUGGCCCAGGCCGCCAAAUUGGACAAGACCUACCUCCCACCCAACGCCCAAUCUUCAGCUGGAUCUGCCUUCCUCGAAACUCCUCGUCUGUCCAACGGAUUCCAAGACCAAACUGGUGCCUUCUCCAAUGGAUUCUCCAACACUGAUGCUUACUCCCAGAAUGGUGCUAACUCCCAGAAUGAUGCCUACUCCCAGAACGGUGCUUACUCAGGCUUCGAAACUCGUCCCGAGCGCGCUCAGGCUGCCUUCGAGAGGAACGCUGCUAUCCUGCGUCAGGACAACUCCAAUGAUGGAGAGACUUACGCGUACGCUUAUGAAACUGAGAACGGCAUCUCCGCCGAGGAGAACGGAGUGGCGACCAAUGGAGUCCAGGCUCAGGGCGGUUACUCCUACACUGGUGACGACGGCCAGGUCUACUCUGUGAGGUACACCGCUGACGAGAACGGAUUCCAGCCCCAGGGUGACCACCUCCCCACUCCCCCUCCCAUCCCUGAAGAGAUCCUGAAGGCUCUUGAACAGAACGCUCGUGAUGAGGCUGCCGGUAUCUACGAUGACGGUUCUUACAGCGAAGGCAAAUACGAGGGCACCAACCAACAACAGUACUACAACAAUGACGCUCAAGCUAUCAACUACAACAACGCUCCGUCCAACAACUACAAUGAUGCUCAGUCCAACAACUACAACAAUGCUGAUGCCGUCGUCACCAACAACGCUUUCCUCGGCAACGACGCUACUGGAAGCGGCAGCUCCGUCGCCGGCGUGCAGAAAGCGUACCUCCCUCCCUUCGCUCAGCGCAACAACCAGAGGAGCGGAGCGAGGCAAUCCUCCUUCAACGCGAGAGACGGAUACCGUUACUAGAGACUGUAGAAUUAUGAUUGUUAA